GAUUUAAAGCCAAGCAAUAUAGUCGUUAAGUCCGACUGCACCCUGAAGAUCCUGGAUUUCGGAUUGGCCAGGACCGCGGGGACGACGUUCAUGAUGACGCCCUACGUCGUGACGCGGUACUACAGGGCGCCGGAGGUGAUCCUAGGCAUGGGGUACAAGGAGAACGUGGACAUCUGGUCGGUCGGCUGCAUCAUGGGCGAGAUGAUCCGAGGUGGAGUCCUGUUCCCCGGGAACGACCACAUCGACCAGUGGAACAAGAUCAUCGAGCAACUGGGGACGCCGGCGCCGGAGUUCAUGCAGCGACUGCAACUCACCGUCAGGAACUACGUGGAGAACAGGCCGCGGUAUCCUGGAUAUCCCUUCGAGAGGCUAUUCCCGGACGUCCUCUUCCCCUCGGACUCGUCGGAACACAACAGGCUGAAGGCGAGCCAAGCCAGAGAUCUCCUGUCUCGCAUGCUCGUGAUCGACCCUGAGAGACGCAUCUCCGUCGACGACGCAUUGCUGCACAACUACAUCAACGUCUGGUACGACGAGGGGGAGGUCAAUGCCCCUGCCCCGGGUCCCUACGACCACAGCGUGGACGAGAGGGAACACACGGUGGACCAGUGGAAGGAGCUGAUCUACCAGGAGGUGAUGGAGUACGAGACCAGCCACAACCCGGCCGCGGUGGGCCAGUCCUCCGAGACCGCGGGCUCGCGGUAGAUGCCGAAAAAAGUCCAGGUCCAGGUCCAGGACCAGGUCCAGGACCAGGUCCAGGACCCACCAGCGGUUCCGGUCGUCGUCUCGGCGGGAGCAACGAGCCCCCCGGGACCCGCGGGAGGUCUCGGGGACCCCGAAAAGCACCCCGAAGAGGAAACCGGCCCUGUGAUACCCUGCGAUCCUGCGCCUUCCGCGUCGUCCGACCCCGCGAAGAGGUCCUCCUCUCUGCGCGACUCCCAGGACUCGUCCAAAGUAUUCGAGGUCCCCUCUAGGAAGGACCUACCGUUCCUCGCGAGGCGAUGCCUCGGGUCACGUGAAAGCGGCCUCCUGGGAGGCGACCGAUGUUUCCUUUCCUUUUUUUAAACCACUCUCGGAAGCGGCUGUAACGUAUCGAUAUCCAUUUUUUUUCCACUUGGAGGUGGACGCCCUGGGGAAGGUCCUGGUAUCCGGGAGUUUCGUUUCUCUUGUUGAAUUUGUUUACCAAUGGUUUUUACAUUUUUUAAUCGAAAGUAGGCUUUGAUGGGAGGACUUUUCUUAGGGCCGACAUGGUCAAGUGGGGUAAUUUCAUGUGAUUUGGCGCACUAGGUGCAUCGAUAGGGGUUGAUACCUUUGGAUCCCACUUUCGGGUCACCUGCAAGAUCUGACUUACGACUGCUCGCACCUUUAAACGGCUCGGCACUUGUUACGCGAACGCACGACGUCGUCAUUCGUUUCCUGGGGGCAUUGUUGUCCGGACGACCCGCGUCGGGAGUUCCUUUUCGCGUCUUUUCGUCCAUUUUUUGCGACUCCGAACGUGGUAACAUCUAAAUUUCUUUUUUUUUCCCCCUAAACACGAUAAUUUUUUAAUUUUUUUCUUCAACGUGGUAACCUCCGAAUUCUUUGGCACUUCUGAAGAAAACACCCACGGAAGGUGAAGAGAAAGAAGGAAACCCGAAUAUCCUGGAAAGAAGGGUCUCGCAAACGGGAUGGAAGGUCCCAGGUCCUUUAUCCAAUGUCCAGGAUUCCCGCAGGGGUCAAAGGUAAUCCUGGCCAGGGACGCACCCACGAGUACGAGGAAAUGCACGAUGCAAGAAAAAAGAAAAAAAAAAAAAGAAGAGGGAAGAAAGAAAUAGAGAAAAAGCUCGUACUCCCAGAAAUCCGCGUCUCGGCGGGCGAAAAGCGUACUCUAGGAGACGCGGAAAUUGUAAAUAUAAUUUAGGGUACCGACCGGCGCACGUAGGGAAGUUAGUCAGGGGAUGUUAUCGCGUAACAAUACGUACGCGAAGGGGAAUCGUUAACUCCGCCAUUGCAGAGACCCGGAAUAAUUACCGCUAAUUAGAGAUCCACGCGGGAGACGAGGGCGAUCCAAUUGCAAAUGGCGGCCGAACGCUAACGAGAGCUUCGCGAUUCAAUGUCCAUUUUAUAAACCACUCUACUCUCUGCAUUUUUAUUUUUUUAUAGUAGUCCUUUUCACGUCGCCGCCGAAACUGCACGGAGUCAGGAUUUCCUCUCGUCACCCCGAGAGCCGAUUUUUCGAUUUUAAGCUUCGCUCUCGAGAACGCGAGAUUUCAGUCGGAAGUGCAAUCGUGUGGGUAUUUAUUAUAUAAUUAUGUAGUCACGUGAUAAAUGAUAGAAUGUUAGAGGUUUGCCGCAACAAUGACGGGGUUGACGAUUUAAUGAACGUAUGUUGACGUCGCAUCGGAUUCGUUGGAACGUAACUAGGGAGUUGCCGUUCGAGGAAGGCUCUGAAGAAGGUAGGGGGUCGCGAUUGGCUGUAGGGGGUGAGUUUUUUACCCGACCACCGCCGAGUUGUUGGCUCGCCCGUCCCUUUGAGCCGCGUUUCCGGGGCAUCCUGUAUUUUUGUACGUGCACGCGUCGACGACACUACGUCCAAUUCGAAAAGAAAGGAAAUAAUGUAUUUUUCUCCGGGGGGAGGUCGCGAAUUUCGGCGCUAGGCAAGGGGUGAGGGCUCGAGGGUGACGAUCAGCUGAUCGAUGUGAACUUAUGUAGGAAUCGUGCACGACCGAGCGUCAACGAUCAGCUGAUCGAUGCGUACUUGGAAUCGCGCACGAUGAAACGUCAACGAUCAGCUGAUCGGUAUCGUUCGGGUGACAGCGAUCAGCUGAUCGAUGUGAACUUAUGUAGGAAUCGUGCACGACCGAGCGUCAACGAUCAGCUGAUCGGUGCGUACUUGGAAUCGCGCACGACCGAAACGUCAACGAUCAGCUGAUCGGUACCAUCCAAGUGACAGCGAUCAGCUGAUCGAUGCGUACUUGGAAUCGCACACGAUGAAACGUCAACGAUCAGCUGAUCGGUACCAUCUAAGUGACAGCGAUCAGCUGAUCGAUGCGUACUUGGAAUCGCGCACGAUCGAAACGUCAACGAUCAGCUGAUCGGUACCUUCCAGAUGACAGCGAUCAGCUGAUCGACGCACGACCGAAACGUCAACGAUCAGCUGAUCGUACCAUCCAGGUGACAGCGAUCAGCUGAUCGAUGUGAACUUAUGUAGGAAUCGUGCACGACCGAGACGUCAACGAUCAGCUGAUCGAUGCGUACUUGGAAUCGCGCACGACCGAAACGUCAACGAUCAGCUGAUCGGUACCAUCCAGGUGACAGCGAUCAGCUGAUCGACGCAGACUUGUCUAGGAACCGGGUAUUAAUGUAAUAUUGCGCCAGGACAACUCGUUUCUGGCGAUUGUCGCGGCCUUUGCAAUCAAUCGUAUCGGUUAUCGUUAGUUAAUUAGUUGUUAGAUUCGUUUGGUUCGGUACACCUAGGUCUAAUCGUCGUAACGACCUACGGGAUUAAUACGUAUUGCAAUGUUCCCAGGUUCGGUCGGAGGUGAACCUUGAGUCUCGAUCGAACUCGUCGAGUCCGUUCAGACUUCCGAAGCGAAUAGAAACAGUCAGGACUGAAAUCUCGUCCUGAAGUCCUGAAAUCCAGGCAUGCAGAAGAGAUGACGAAGAGAUCACUCGCGAUCGGUGCAAUAUUUACAUUUAUCGUCUUCCUGAAGAGGUCUGACGGACUUGGCCUUCGAAAUUCAACGAUCGAUUCCUUGCCACUCGCAACUCGAAUUGUCGUUGAAACGUUUCUUUCCGAGUGAAGGAAGUUUCUAGGAGGGAAACGCCCAUUUUGUGUUUUGAAACCCCUUUAAGGCGGUAUAAAAGAGUCAUUAUAUACAUAUAAAAAAUUGAAAAUAUCUAUAAAACUUUUCUCAAAACUGGGUGCACCGAAUUAUCUGAAAC